AUGAGAUUCUCCGCCAUCACAGCACUUUGCGCGGCGCCGUUGGUGUUGGCCGGAUCCUCUCAAGCCGAGUUAGCAGCACGAGCUGCAUUUAAUUCGGGCUUGAUCGCACGACAUCGAGGAGCAUCGGUCGAAGUGAUUCAAAGCUCAAGCAGCGAAUCAUCUGGAUCUAAGAGUGACUCGCCUGAGAGCAAAGGCAACAGCAACGCCAAUAACAAUAAGGGAAGCGCACAAGCGAACACACAUGUAACAGAGGUCAUCAUCAUCUGGGUCAACCAGGGAGGCAAUGCACCAACCCAGACCCUUGCCACGACAGCAUCUGUUGCUGCUGCUCCUGCAGCAACUCAUACUGUUAUUGUUGGUGGAGCCGGUGGACUUGUCUACACACCAGCUACACUCGCGGCCGCUGUUGGGGACAUGGUCAUCUUCGAAUUCUACUCACAAAACCACACCGCAACACAGUCGGCUUUUACCACUCCUUGCGACCCCCUUGCUGGCGGUAUGGACUCUGGUUUCAUAGCCAAUGUCAACAACACCGUCAAUCCAGCACCGCAGAUGGCUAUGCAAGUUACUGUUGAUACUCCUCUUUGGUUCUACUGCAAGCAGAAGGGCCACUGUGGAAAGGGAAUGGUCUUCUCCAUCAACCCGUCCCUGAACAAGACGCAAGCAAAGUUCCAGCAGAUGGCAAUCGCUCAGAAGGGUACCGGAACCCCCGCAGUCAUCGCAGGAGGAGGAGAAGCCACACCAGCAGCGUCCGGAAAAGCUUCUGCCGUAGCGUCGGCUUCCACACCAACAGCUAGUGCCGGGACUUCCAUGGUCGGUGGAACUGGAUCUUUGAACACCGCUGGCGCUUGCUCAUGCUCGUGUCUUUGCGGCGUCGCUGCCUUCCCCGAUGCUGCUGUCCAAGGAGUUGGUGCGUUCGGCGGCAUUGCAGGUGCUAUGCCAAUGUCUGAGCUCACGGAAUAG